AUGUCCACCUUGCAAUCAAUGCCGCGCGACCACCUCGUGCAGUCUUCAACGGAACCUGGCAUUGCGAACAUGGAAAGCUCACAAGACGAGCACGUGGUGUCUCCGAACGCCAGUUAUCAGCAGGACAUACGGUAUAUCUUCAAGCCCGGUUUCUGGGUCCUCGGCCCAAUCGGCAUCUGGCCGGUCGCGAUUCGCGGAAUCGGGCGACAUGUGUCCAAGAUCGCGAUCGUACUAUGUAAUUUUGCGUUAGCUUUCGCGAUAGUGCCUUGCGUUCUGCACAUCAUUUACGAUCAGAAGGACCUCAACAUAAGGCUGAAGCUGUUCGGGCUGCUGGGUUUCUGUACUACCGCGAUGAUGAAGUAUUGCGUUCUCACGAUACGUCGACCCAAAAUAUUGCGCUGUAUCGAACACGUGAAGAGUGACUGGUGGCAGGUGAAAUUCAGCUCUGAUCGCGAAUUGAUGCUCAAGUACGCUACUACAGGUCGUAGACUGUCUAUGAUCAGCGCGACUUCCAUGUACAUCGCCGGUUUCAUUUAUCACACAAUUCUGCCGUUCUGCACCGAGCAUAAAGUCGACAACCAAACUAUUAAACCACUCGUGUAUCCAACUUAUAGUAAGCUCUUUAAGACGCAGGCGAGCCCAAUAUAUGAAAUGGUGUACCUGGCCCACUGCGUGUGCGGAUACACCAUGUAUUCGGUGACAGCUGGAUCGUGCGGAUUGGCAGCAAUAUUCGCCACUCAUGUGUGUGGCCAGAUCGAAGUGAUCGUAUCGCGACUUGAGGACCUCUCGAGUGGCAAAAACUUUGAGCAAAUGUCGGAUGUUAAUCAACGAAUUGCUCACAUCGUCAAAAGUCACGUUCGAAUAUUGAGAUUUUCCGCCGCCGUGGAAGAAAUUCUACAGGAAGUGUGUUUACUGGAAUUCGCCAGUUCCAUAUUUACAAUGUGUUUACCCGAAUAUUACUGCAUAGUGGACUGGCAAGAUAGCGAUACAGUAGGACUAACAACUUAUUUUCUGCUCUUUGUUUCAUUCUGCUUCAAUAUGUAUAUAUUAUGUUACAUUGGAGAACAACUCGUGGAGAAGAGCAGCCAGAUUGGAACGAGGUGCUUUAUGGUUCGUUGGUACCAACUGCCGGCAAAGUCGGUCCGUAGUUUAGUCUUAGUGAUCGCCAUGUCUAGCCAUCCCAUAAAGAUCAGUGCUGGCAGAAUGAUAGACUUAUCACUGGCGACAUUUGGAAAUGUAAGAGAUUAUACGAAAUUUUUACAUUGUAAAAUCAAUCUGACGGCAGAAAACUUAAAAGAAAUAAAAAACCGACAUUAA